CUCCGCUGUUUUAGAACAGCGCAUGCGCUGGCCGUGACGUCUCGUGACGUGACAUUUGAAAUGAGCCGGGAAAGUAGCAACUGAGGAAGACUACGAUGAAGUGAGAGCAGCUAAAUGUAAAAAUGGGCGACCUUGAGGAUAUCAGCCACCACAUUCAUGACAGAAUAACUUCUAUAAAACACAUGCUGGAUCUGUCAGUUAUUGAAUUGCCUCAAAACAAGACGAAGAAACUUGGACAAGAACUGUUUGCCCUGGAGAGACUUCUGGAGGAGUUUGAAAAAGGCGUUGACCAGCAGAAGGAGCACCUGAAGCAUCUCAAGGAACUUGAUGAGGUUUUCCAGAAGCAUCUACAGGAUGUUCAGCACAUUAAGAACAACAUCCCUCCACACAUGCCCCGGAAGAAGGGCCUGCUCAAAGGAAGCGAACCUGCAAUAAAUCAGAAAGAAGCUGUAGAGGUUCAGCCAGCAGAAAAAAAGAGCAGCAAGAGUUUUGUCAGAGAGAUGGAGUUUGUCACUAUGCCAGAGUUUGAGAGCAUCCCUCAGUACAUGAAAGGACGUGUGACAUAUGAGCAGCUCAAUGCAGCAGUGGAGAGCAUCAAUACUGCUGUAGCAGCCAAGUACAAGAUUGUCCAUCAGUCCUUGAAAACACUCAACAAUCACUCACGAAAGCUGCACCAGCGCUUUAAGGACCAAGAGACCAAAGAUACAAAAGGUCAGUAUUUUGUGGUGGAGGAUGACAUUCGUGAAUUUACCCAGAUGAAGGUGGACAAACGCUUUCAGGGGAUUCUGAACAUGCUGCGACACUGCCAGCGCCUGCGGGAGCUCCGAGGGGGAGGGCUCACCCGCUACAUGCUGCUAUGAAAAAGACGCUUUCAGUUAGUUUUUCCUUUUCUCUAGUACACUGCCAUAUUUGUAAAUGGCUUACAUAGGUAAAUGACAUUUGUUGUGAUAGGUAGACAUACCGAACAUUUAACACGCUUCUGGUAUAUAUAUAUAUGUUUGCGUACUUAAACUUCUAUGUGUAUGUUGUAUUGUCAUAUAGUGUAAUAAUAGAUACUAGUAAUAAUAAAUGGCACAUUUUCUCUUCUGUAUCAUUAUGUUGUAAUAAUGUAAUAAUAUCUUUACAUGUCUGAAAGCUUGGUUAUGAUUAAAUUGCUUUUUGUGUUUUUUUUGAGACUUCACUCAGAGAUUUAUAGCCCUUUUCCACUAGCACCUCUGCUCAGCUCCGUUUCAGUCGUUUUCCAUUACAAUUAAGUACCACCUAUUGUGCGUGAGGUCAUUACAGCAACAUUCCUGAAACUCCUGCAAUAUCAUUUGUAAGCAACACAAACAUCACAAGAAUGGAAGAUGUUGUAGCAAUAGUCGCUCUCAAGACGCUAUCAGAGCCAAAGACCACAAACCUGCCACAAGGUUAGACAAAGGGUAAUACUGUCUGCUCUGGGACUACCCCAGGGUUACCUGGUAGUGGUUUAUGAAAUAAAAAUUCUGUUCCACACUGAAAACUUUAUAUUCCAGAGGCCGCUGGAUUAAAAUGGAGGCUCUCUUUGUUGGUGCCAUGGUGAAUCCUGGUAUCAGAGCUCCAAUGGUCAUUCAUUAUCUUACUUUAAUGCGUGACUGGUAGAAUAACUCACAUGCUUAACUCUGGAAGAACACACUCCGGGUUGAUUAAAGUAAAGGUGAUCAAUCUCUUGAUACUCAGAACAGAAGUU